UGUGCGUGUGUGUGCUAGUGUCACACAGAGCUCGGCAGCAGCAUGGAGUUAAUGAAUAAUGCCGCCGAUUCUGGCGUCUCUGAAAUCGCAAAUUAUUAUGCCGGCAAAACGAUAUUGAUAACAGGUGCAACUGGUUUCAUGGGCAAAGUUCUGGUCGAGAAGCUGUUGCGUAGCUGCUCAGAUCUGAGUGCCAUCUAUCUACUGAUACGCACCAAGAAGGGCGUGGAACCGACUGUGCGCAAGGAACAAUACUUCAAAUGUGUCAUUUUCAGCAAGCUGUUGGAGAAGAAUCCCGACAUCGUUAAUAAAGUGCGCGUGGUAAAGGGCGAUGUGCUGGAGCCGGACCUUGGCCUGGACGCCAAUGACAUCAACACACUUGCGUCCAAUGUGGAGAUUGUGUUCCACUGUGCGGCCAAUGUGCGCUUCGAUCAGCCGCUGCGCCCGAUGGUCAACAUGAAUGUGCUGGGCGUGCUGAAGGUGCUGCAACUGGCCGAAAAGAUGGCCAACCUGCAAGCACUGGUCCAUGUCUCCACGUCGUAUUGCCAGUGCAACGAGAGCGUGCUGGAGGAGCGUGCCUAUCCGGCGCCACAGAAUCCGUUCGACAUCAUCCACAUGGUCGAGACAAUGGACGAUGCGGGCCUAGCGGAAAUAACUCCAAAAUUGCUCAACGGAUUGCCCAACACGUAUGCUUACAGCAAGGCAUUGUCGGAAGAUCUAAUUUGCAGAUAUAACAAAAAGCUACCUGUAAUCAUCACACGGCCUUCCAUUGUAACGGCGGCCAUACACGAGCCCAUGCCUGGAUGGAUUGAGGGCGUGAAUGGGCCAACCGGUCUGAUGAUUGGCGCCGCACGCGGCGUCAUUCGUUCUAUGCACUGCAAUCCAGAUUUCGCAUCGACGGUAAUUCCCGUCGACAAGGCCAUCAACGGCAUGAUACUCUGCGGCUACAAGCGCGGAAAGGCGACUGCCGACUCGAAGGUCAAGAGCCAACAGAACCAAGUGGAGUUCUGCAAUCUGUGCAUCUCCAGCAAGGCCCUGAUGUCCUGGGGCGAGAGCAUUGAGACCGGUCGGAAGUUUUUCUACGAAACUCCGCUCAGCUUUGCGCUCUGGUAUCCGGGCGGUUCCAUCAAGCGAAACUAUUACCAUCAUCUAUUUUGCGUCAUCUUCUUCCACUAUCUGCCUGCCUAUUUCAUAGACUUUUGGCUGCUACUCUUCGGCCAGAAGCCCUUCUUGGUUAACGUUCAGCGUAAAAUCUCCACCGGACUGAAGCUGCUGCAGUACUACACAACAAAAGACUGGGACUUUAGAAAUGAUAAAUUUCAAGAGAUGAGCCACACGCUAAACGCCACGGACCAGGAGCUCUUCGACACGUCGGUUAGCCAGGUCAACUGGGAGACUUACAUCAGCAACUAUAUACGGGGCAUGCGCACCUACAUUCUGGGCGAGAGUGACGCCACGUUGCCCUAUGCCAAAAUAGUUCUACGUCGCCUUUAUAUACUCGACUGGGUCAGCAAGAUUUUACUCUUCUCGCUCACAUUUUGGUUCUUGUGGACUCAUUUGGAUGGAUUUGUGGAGAAAAGCGAUGCGUUCAUACGAGCAUCGCUCUACAGCAUUUAUAGCGAACGUAAUGCCACAGUACUUACAUAAUUACACUGUUAUUAUAUUAUUAAAAGUAUUGAAUAAAACCCAUUGACUUGCAAAUACAAUU